CCCAGCUCUUAUCCUCUUCCUUUCGUUUCUCAUAUCGAGACAGUCGCUCUUUUUUCCCCGCGAUCUACACUUUCUUUGAAUUCUGUUAUAACUCUCGUUGACCAGGCUCUUCCCGGAUCUUGUUUCAAUCAACCUGUACAACACUCUCCUGUACCUGUACCAUUGAACGAACAAGCAUCCAGUCCUUCCUUUUCCAAGCCUGUGCCAACAUUGUAUCAUAACAUAAUCCUUUCUCUCUCUCCCUACCAGACGUCGAAGACAGCAUCACUCUCUUGUAUGUGUUUUGACGGAUACCAACAUAUCAAUUCUGCAACCUACAUGUACAGCUAGACUCCGACUCAAUUCCAACGAGCCGCCCUCCUGAGAUUAGUGCCCACCACUCAUUGGGCCGACAUUCUCAUCUGUACCGAGUCUUGUACUACAGCUUACCCGACCCAGUGCCAUCGACACCUGGGAAAGACAGUCGAAAGAACAGAAAAGACACAGUCAUUCGACAUGGAAACUCCAUACCCAAUGGCUGCGCAACAGAUUCAAUUCUACCAAUACCGGCCAGACUCGGACGCACGACAUAACGCUGUGUUCACGCCCAUGCCUGGCGAGCAGCCCGUCUUCAGCCCCAUGGCCGGUUACCCUCAUCCUCAGUUUGUGCCCGCCCAAUACUGGCAAGCACCUCACCCUCAUUUCACGCAUGCCCAUAUCAUGCCCCAGCAGAUGAUGCACCACCCUCGGCCCUCGCCCCCUCUGACACUGGCCAUGCCCAUGCCCAAGAUUAUGCUUGAGAGCCAUGGCCAGAUGGAGCAUGGAAGGUAUUUGGAGAGCAGGCACUCUUCACCACCUACCCCAUGCUUGUCAGCGUGCCCCAGCACGGCGAGCAGCCCCCCGGCCAGCAGCGUCAACCAGACUCCGGUACACGGACCUGGCUACUUCAACCUGCCGAUCGAGGCAUCCAAGGAGGAAUACCAGUCUCUACAGUAUCUGGACGAGUGGUCGGAGAACGGACAAGUUCACAUUUUCCCGCAUCCCGGCGAUGCCAAGCUCUUGCCCAGCAACUCCUUCUCCAGCGGCUGCACUUCGCCUUCACUCACCCCUGCCACUCCCCAAUCUCAGGUUUCGCCUGCGGCCGCGUAUCCUGUCGCUGAAUUUGUCAAUCUGCGAGAACUGACAUCGACCUCGUCGUUUGAACCUGUCCUGUCGGUCCCCGCCCAGAGCUUCCCGCCUCUGCCUACUCUGUCGGCCGAAGACGAGGAACCCAAGUUUGCCCUGGCCACCACUUUCCCCGUGACACCUGAGCAUGAUACGGCCAACCCAUUCACCAUCUCUGAGAACCCUACCUUUGAGUCGUCGUUCUGCACCGAGCUCGACUCUGAAGACGAUUUUGGAUUUGUGAACUUCACCGAGGCCGAGAUCGUCUACAACGGCGACAAGCGACAAAAGUUGUCUUUGAUUGAAGAGGAGGAUUUCUUGAGCGUUCACAGCUUUGGCAGCUUUGACGAGGACGCCCACGCCGGGCUCCCGUCUCCUCCUGCGUCUUCUUUCUCGGACUCUGGCUCUUGCUGCUCCAGCAAGAAGAAGACUCACCGCAAGAUGAAGCGCACUGGCUCUACCGACAGUGACUUUGCCUUCCAAGAGAUGACUGAUGCCGAUGCUCAAAUGAAUCAGGGCGAAGGCCAAACUUCGUCCGUCUCUCACCAGCACAGCCCUGCCGAUGACAAUGGCAACAGCGUGAAUGCCGAUGGCUCUUCACAACACGCUCCAGCCAACCGUCGUGGCCGCAAGCAAUCCUUGACCGAGGAUCCUUCCAAGACAUUUGUCUGCACCCUCUGCUCUCGCCGCUUCCGUCGUCAAGAACAUCUCAAGCGUCAUUACCGCUCUCUCCAUACCCAAGACAAGCCAUUCGAGUGCAACGAAUGUGGCAAGAAGUUCUCUCGUUCAGAUAACCUCGCUCAACAUGCCCGUACUCACGGCAGCGGAGCGAUUGUCAUGGGUGUUCUUGAGAAUGGAGAGCUCCAACCUCAUCAACCAUAUGACGAGGAGAUGGGACACGUACUAUUCGAGGCCGCACAACGGGCCGCCCUUGCGUCUUCUUCCAGCAGCAAUGCAUCGGACUCUUCGUCGUCUGAAGGCAGCAAGCGUGCUCUUAAGAAGAGAAAGCGAGAUGAAUCCCUGUAAAUAACCAGCAUUGAAUUUUGACGAAACUUGCCAAAAGAUCAUGACAAACCAAAGAAGACAACCAAAAAUCACCAGUUCAAACCACGACGACGAAAUGAUCCUUAUGAUGAUUCAAACCACCUUCUAUUUUCAGGGAACAAAGUCUUGUCCUUCGCAAAUUUUACACUCAAGGUGCACGAGCGAGACGAACAACACAAUUGGAGUCGGACAAAGCAAAGACGGGAAUAGCGUUGGGGAGCUUUUAAAGACUGUGUACGCGUAUCAACCCGGCGGGGAGGUCGGCAAAAGUGCAUUAGAGAAGGAUUUUCCGAAGCUCGGCUUGAUUUCGACCACUUUAUGUAUUCUAUAGUCCUUUUUAUUGUUGGACAGGGCAGGCAGUGUGGUGUGUGUGUGAGAUAUGGGGAUCUUUGAGAGUGAGACUGAGACAGAGAGAUUGAGCACAAAUGACUUUUUACUUCCAACCUUUUUUUUUUCUUAUCGACUUUUUAUUUCAUGUCAGAUUGGGACCUUCAUUUCUGGGUAUGGUGGAAGGAAGAGACAGGGACAGAGACUGAGAAAGAGAGCGAAUGGUUGGGAGAGCGUUUCUUUCAGUUCAUUGUCAUCAACACGAGCAGUAGCAGCAACUUUUGACCGGGGAUGUAUUAUGUUCACACAUCGUUGAGAGAGGUUUUUUUCAAACCUUUCAAAACGUUUGUGUCGUGUAAAAACAAACACCCCAAUACUUGUACUAUUAGAAAGAGAUUGAAUGCGAACGAAAAAUGAAGUUGCUGAUUUA